AUGAAAAGUGACAUUUUAUAUUUUAGCCGACCAGGCAUUAAAAAAAAUGCCAUUCUAACCUUUUGUAUCGGUGUAAUAUUUGGAAUAUUUUUUGCUUAUACUACAGUAACCAUUACUGAAUGCCAUUUUAAAGAUAUCAAAAUAUUUCCAUCAAAAUUUUCAUAUGAUUCGGUUAGAUACAGUGACCGUCAUUCACAUGGACAUGAUAAUGAAGGAUCAUUCAAUGAUUCACUCAUUAUGAAAGACCAUGGGGAAAAUGAGACAUUACACUUUCAUGAAGAUCUCGUAGCUCAAGAACUUAAAAAACGAAUUAGAGUUCUUUGUUGGAUCAUGACUAGUCCUAGUAAUCACAUUAAAAAAGCAAGACAUGUAAAAGCUACAUGGGGUAAACGUUGCAAUACAUUACUUUUUAUGAGUACUGUUAAAGAUAAAAGUUUACCUUCUAUUGCAUUACCAGUUAAAGAGGGUAGAGAUUCCCUUUGGGGUAAAACUAAAGAAGCAUUUAAGUACAUACACAAACAUUAUAAUGAUUAUGAUUAUGUAUUAAAAGCUGAUGAUGACACGUAUGUUGUAGUAGAGAACUUGAGGUAUAUGUUAACUUCAUUUAACCCAAAAGAUCCAAUCUUCUUAGGUUGUAGGUUUAAACCCUAUGUUAAACAGGGAUACAUGAGUGGCGGUGCAGGUUAUUUGUUAAGCAAAGAAUCGGUUAAGAGGUUUGUUGAAAAAGCUAUACCUCAUAAACAAUGUCGGCAAGAUAAUGGUGGAGCCGAAGAUGUAGAAAUUGGUAUUUGUCUUCAAUUAGUUGGAGUGAAAGCUGAGGAUUCUCGAGAUAGUUUAGGCCGUGGACGUUUUUUUCCAUUUAUUCCAGAACACCAUCUUAUACCUGGGCAUACAGAUCCAAGUUUUUGGUACUGGAAAUAUAUUUACUAUCCAAUAGUAGAGGGCAUGGAUUGUUGUUCUGAUACCGCAGUUUCAUUCCAUUAUGUGAAUCCUAAUAAUAUGUAUGUUCUCGAAUAUCUAAUUUAUCAUUUAAGACCAUUUGGAGUGACUCAGAAUAUUGAUCAAGCUACCGUAAACAAAAUUUACCCUAACAAAGAGAGUAAUGCUACAAAGACUGAUCAGCCAAUAAACAAAACACAACAUGUAUAA